CAGCCACUAGAGGGAGGUAGUCUACAAGGCUGACYGGUGUUUGUUUGUUUACAUUUUUUGCAAUGGCGACUAUCUCUGAGCUGAAAACUGCUGUGAGCAACACGCUGGAGUCUCGCGGAGUGAUGGGUCAGCUGAGGGCUCGUAUCCGGGCGGAAGUGUUCAGCGCACUGAAUGACCAGCGUGAACCUCGGCCGCCGCUCUCCCACGAAAACCUGCUGAUAAACGAACUCAUCCGGGAGUACCUGGAGUUUAACAWGUACAGGUACACGGCGUCGGUACUCUCAGCAGAAUCGGGCCAACCCGAGGUUGCUUUGGACAGAGAGUUUAUGGCCAGUGAGCUGAAGGUUUCAGAGGAUGCAAGUUCCAAAUCUGUACCUCUUCUGUAUGGACUAGUGUCUCAUUUUCUGAACAGCGGUGAAAACCGAGGCAAGGUUUUCCUGCGGGGUCCCUCUGCAGGAAACACAGCUCCUGGACACGAAGCGUAAAAUGAUAACCUCUGAUGCUCAGGAACUGAAACCUUCACCCCUCUAGAUGAGAUGAACCUAAACAGAAACUCCCAGAACUCAACCUAAAUCCUCUGAACUUUAAGAGCCAGUUGGUUUAUUUGAACAGUAAAUGUUCCUUCAUCUGCCUCCAGCCUGCAUUGAUUUUUCUGUUWUGAAUGUUUGACGUUGUAUACAUUUUAUAACUUUGAUAAUAAAAUGCUUUUAUUUAUUAACCCCU